GUCAGCCGCGGCCGGGGAAGAACCCGGAUGUGCCUGGGUAGGUGUGUUGGCAAUUGGGGUUCUGAGGUUUGGGCGUUCUGGGCGCGCUGGCAAGUCGAGGCGGAUGGCGCGGGGUUGGGCUGGCUUCUCUGAGGAGGAGCUGAGGCGACUAAAGCAGACUAAAGAUCCAUUUGAACCACAGCGGCGUCUUCUCCCUGUGAAGAAAAGUCGACAACAACUUCAGCGAGAAAAAGCCCUUCAAGAGCAAAGCCAAAAACUUGGACUUCAAGAUGGAUCAACCUCAUUACCUCCAGAGCAGCUGCUUUCUGCACCAAAACAAAGAUUUAAUACUCAAAGACCAUGUUCUUCUCCCCCCACUCCCCCCACACUCACCUCUCCUAUUGGUGAUGGAAAACCACAGGGUAUUGAAAGUCAACCAGGGAAACUAGGACUUAAGAAUUCCCAUGAAGGUCACAAAAAUGCUGAGGUUCUACCUCCAAAACCAGAUUGCAAAUUGGAAAAAAAGAAAGUGGAAUUGCAAGAAAAAUCUCGUUGGGAAGUCCUCCAACAAGAACAACGGCUAAUGGAAGAGAAAAAUAAACGUAAGAAAGCUCUUUUGGCUAAAGCUAUUGCAGAAAGAUCUAAAAGAACUCAGGCAGAAACCAUGAAACUAAAGAGGAUCCAGAAGGAGCUACAGGCUUUAGAUGACAUGGUGUCAGCUGACAUUGGAAUCCUCAGGAACCGGAUUGAUCAGGCCAGCCUUGACUAUUCAUAUGCUUGGAAGCGGUUUGACAGGGCUGAAGCAGAGUAUGUUACAGCAAAGCUAGAUCUACAGCGCAAGACUGAGCUUAAAGAGCAACUCACUGAACACCUUUGUACGAUCAUACAGCAAAACGAGCUCCGCAAGGCCAAGAAGUUGGAGGAGUUGAUGCAACAACUAGAUGUGCACGCUGAUGAGGAGACUUUGGAGCUCGAGGUGGAGGUGGAGAGACUGCUGUGUGAACAAGAAGCAGAAGUAGGGAAACAAGUGGUUCAUUCAGAGAGGCCAUUUCAGCCUUCUGGGGAGAAUAUGACCUUAGGGUUUGCUAAAGAGAACAAAAAGCAUCAAGACCAGGCUGCUUCCCCAAAGGUAGAUGAACAGUGUGAAAGCUCCAGUAGCAUUGCCCUUCUUGAUCCAGACCAGCCAAAUCAAGAAGUCGAAACUACCGUAAAAGACAUUUCAGCUGCUCUGGCCACAUGAGGCGCCAGUGUUUGUUCUUUACAACUAACAUUCAGUAAACUAAACUUUCUGUUGUAGAUCAUGCCAUGACCUCUGAUAAAUGCCUCUUCAAAGCAGUAUUAAUUUUUAAAUCCAUUAGUUUUAGUAUAACGUUUGAACAUUCUAGAAAAUCUGAGAUUAUGAUAAUUUUUUAUAUGGGGGCAUAGUUCACCUUGAUUUUGAUCCAGUUCCUUCAUUGUACGCUUACAAACAAGUGAUUUAAAAGGAUGGAAGAAAAACUACACGGUUAAUAGUGGUUUUAGACCAGGUGAAUACUGAAAAGUAAAGUGAAAAAUGAACUCAGUACCUAAUUGAACUCAUUUAACUUCUCCUGGGAGAAAUGUUGAGAAUGAGAGUACUAUUUUAUGUAAUCAGUAAAGAGACAUAAAAGCUAACAUGUGAAAAAGAAUGAGGAACAACCAACAAAAGUAGUAGGUUGAAUUAUCUAUUUGGAUCUCACUAGAGUUGUAAAACACAACUUGGAAGUUGUAGUUUAUGAAAAGAACCAGAAAACUUAAACCAGCAUCACUUUUGUUUUCAAUUUGCCUUUUAAACGGCUUUAGUUUACAACCUGAGUUUUGGUUAGUUGAUACACAUGAGCGCACGUGCACACACACACACACACAGAUAGAUAUACACAUACCAUGGUAUAUAAAUAAUUUCACUAUUAAUAUAUUGUCUCUUUAAUUGGCACAUUGAUUAAAUUUACCCUUCUGCAGGCUGAAAAUAAUAUAAAAAAUCUUAUUGCUACUUUGGAUUAUCUAAAAAAGUUGAUAUAUUUUCUUAAAGUUACCUCUAAGGUAUGUGUUUUAUAUGUUGGAUAUAAAUUAUCCUGUCAUGAAACAUUUAAAUUGUUAAAAUGAUGGUUUUCUUAUUACUUCAAUAGUUUGUUACUGUCACUAAUACUUGACCCCUACAUUGUGCUAUAUGUGAAUGUGUAAAUAAAUAUUGUAGUUUCGUCACAAAAAUCUAUGAAUAUCACAUUAAAUUAUGAUCUAUUUAUCAGAAAUUCCAAAAGUACAAAUACUACAUUUUAAGUCUUAAAGAACUAUUAUAAAAGAAGAUAAGGACAAAUGUAACAUUGUAUCCAUAAUAACUUCUGAAAAGUUGGGGACAUACUAUUUUUAAAUGAGUUUCUUUGAGGGUAUUACCUUUUAGUAAUGCAGAUGAACUUUGUAUUUUUAUAUUAUGUAAUUUGAGUUGAAUUUAUAGCUUUCCAUUACUGCCUUCUCUAAACAGAGGCUUUUAUACAGAUAGUUGUUUUUUUAUUCAUGAAUUACAUACAUAAAAACGGAAAGCUUCGUUGUCUAAUACACUUGUUUUUCUAAGGAAUAAAUGAUUCUAAUGCAUUUAUAAUGU